UUCGGUGACCAAAACCAAAAUAUAAUAAUAAAAAUAAUAUCCCUCUUUCUUCUUCAACGAUAUAAAAAAACAAGAAGGUUCGCCUUUUCGUUCAUCGUACUUGACGUGUGAGAAUAAAAAGGGGGAAGGGAGGGCGAUCGGUGGAGAAGCUGCUUGUCUGUUGGCUUGAGGAGAGUCGAGAGAGAGAGAGGAAAUUGUCGUUGGAAUUAGAAAAAAUGGUGUCGGCGAAUAGGGAAAUGGUGGUCUACUGCUUCGACAAUUUGGUCGCCCACUACAACAGCGAGGAGGCUCCCCCGCCCGCCUUCGACGAAGGCCAACACCCCUUGUUUGUCACUUGGAAGAAGAUUGUGAGUGGUGGGGAGCCUCGUUUACGUGGAUGUAUUGGCACUCUUGAAGCUCGCUGCUUGAUUAACGGGUUUAAAGACUAUGCUCUGACGAGUGCUUUGAGGGAUCGCAGAUUUCCCCCUAUACAAGCCAAAGAACUGCCUUAUUUAGAAUGUACAGUUUCCAUUUUGACUGAUUAUGAAACAGCUAAUAACUACCUUGAUUGGGAGGUUGGAAAGCAUGGCAUAAUUAUUGAGUUUACUGAUGACUAUAAUAUAAGGCGAAGUGCCACAUAUUUACCUGAGGUGCCUGCACAUGAAGGUUGGACUAAAGUUGAGGCAAUUGACUCACUGAUGCGCAAGGCAGGCUUCAGUGGCCCCAUCACUGAAUCACUCAGGAAGCGUAUAAAACUGACUCGGUACCAAAGCACACUAUUUACUAUGCACUACAGUGACUAUGCCUCCUAUGUCAAGACAACAAGGGGUGCAGCACCUUCUAUUGCUGGUGCUAGGCUCAGCAACCACUGAUUCUUCCAAACAGCUGUUACCAAAAUGGUAAAGCUGUUUUGGCUAAAUGAUAAGCAUAUAAUUUAAACAAAAACAAAAGUGGGUGGAAUGGAUUUGAUUGUGUUCCUACCCAGGUUGCAUAAGUAAUUACAUUUACCUUUCAAAUAUCAUUCUUCAAAUUCGUUUGAUUUUGAAGAUAGAUACUAUUCCUGAUGUAACUCAGGUAUACCGUCUCUGCUUUGAUCAAGACAUUCAUGUUCUGCAGCUUCUCUGGGAAAGCUGUUUGCUGUAAGACACAGUUUGACUUAAAAUCGCUCAGGGACAUGUUUGUUCCCAGCAUUAUUUGGGUCUUUUCUCUUA